AUAAAAUAAACCCCCAAAAAAAGUAGCACCGCAAAGACGAAAUCGCGGUGGAAAUCCUAAUUUUGUAGAAAGAAAAAUAAUUUAAUUUCCUCACAAUUAGACAAAACAGAGAUUAAAAAACGAUGCUUCCUACAUACUUGCAAAGCCUUAUCCAUUGAUAUCAUUUUCAUCUGUUUUAAUCGUUAAUACCCAAAAACCCAGAAAAAGAAUUGAAAUAUAUAAGCAAUCCGACAAAAACCCAGAAUUUUUCUGUAUUUUUUAAGGUAAAAACCGCGGAAGAAACAGACCAAAUACAAGGCAAAAAGGGUCGUGCAUUUUUUGUUGUUUCCUGUAACUCUUUUUUUUUUUUUCAUUUUUUCAAAAAUUUGGCAACUAUAGAAGGUUUGAGGGAACUUUCAUCGUUGAAACAAAGCGGUGUUCUAUACUAACAACGACGACGAAGAGUGCAGGCUUUGGCGUCGUAGGUUGUUAAUGGCUUUCACCAGGGGUUCUGCUCUAAGGAUCGCUCUUCUUCUUGUUCUUCUCGCUGCUAUCGUUUAUGCUUGUUUUACCCUCCCCAUUGAAGCGAUUCUGAAGGAUUUCUUGUUAUGGGUUGAAAAGGAUCUUGGACCUUGGGGUCCACUCGUGCUGGCUGUUGCUUAUAUUCCUCUGACAGUCUUGGCUGUUCCAGCUUCAGUGCUUACUCUUGGUGGGGGUUAUCUUUUUGGAUUGCUUCUGGGCUUCAUUUCAGAUUCUAUUGGUGCAACUGUUGGUGCGGGAGCAGCAUUUCUUCUAGGCAGAACAAUCGGGAGAUCAUUGGUUGUAACUAGGUUGAAAGAUUAUCCUCAGUUCCGGUUAGUAGCAAUUGCAAUACAGAGAUCUGGCUUUAAGAUUAUUUUGCUGCUUCGACUUGCACCCUUGCUCCCUUUCAGCAUGUUGAAUUAUCUGUUGUCGGUGACUCCUGUCUCAUUAGGAGAAUACUUGCUGGCCUCCUGGUUAGGGAUGGUGCCAAUAACCCUUGCUUUAGUUUAUGUCGGAACAACACUUAAGGAUCUUUCUGAUGUGACACAUGGAUGGAAUGAGUUUUCAACUGCUCGUUGGGCAUUUCUCAUAUUGGGCCUUGUUGUGUCUGUGGUUCUAAUGAUUUGUGUGACUAAAGUCGCGAAAACAGCACUGGACAAAGCAUUGGCUGAAAGCGAGGACGUAGAUAGCACCGUAGGAUCAUCACCGGAAUUGCCGGUUGAUAGUGAAGCACCAGUGGAUCUUCAGCAGCCUCUUAUAAUAAAGGUAGAAUCUGGUGACAACAGUACUCAUGAAUAGUGAAAACUGAAAUCAGCUGUAAAUAUAUGACAUAAUCAGUGCUAGCAUGUCAUUUGGUGCUUUGUUGCAUAUGUGUUUUGUGUAUAGAUAGAGCCUUAUUGACAAGGUUAGAUCUCCCAUAGAAAUAGCUGAUUUGCAUAUAAACAAAGUGAUUGAAAAUUAAUGAAAUAAUUGUUUUUUUUA